GAGACGUUACAAGUGUUCUGAGAGACACGACCAACCUGGAGCAGGUGCGCGAGGAGGCGAAGGAGAGACGUAAGAGGAGGAAGAAGAAGCGUUCCGGCUCCACCCUUAUUGCCAGUGUCUUUAGUGAUUUGUACAAACUUACUGGUGAGGUGUUGGGACAGGGUGCAUAUGCUUCAGUGCAGACGUGUGUCAACAUCUAUACAGACAUAGAGUAUGCUGUCAAGAUUAUAGAGAAGGUGCCGACACACAGCCGGACGCGAGUCUUCAAGGAGGUGGAGAUGUUCCAUCACUGCCAGGGGCACAAGAACAUCAUCCAGCUGGUGGAGUUCUUCGAGGAAGACGACAAGUUCUACCUGGUGUUCGAGAAGCUGUACGGGGGCCCCCUGCUGUCUCACAUCCAGAGACGGACGCACUUCACGGAGGCCGAGGCGUCCAUGGUGAUCCGGGACCUGGCCUCGGCUCUGGCCUUCCUGCACAGCAAGGGCAUCGCCCACCGGGACCUCAAGCCGGAGAACAUCCUGUGCGUGUACCCGGACCAGCUGUGCCCCGUCAAGAUCUGUGACUUCGACCUGGGCUCCGGCAUCAAGUUCAACUCGAACCUGAGCUCCCCAGUGAUGACGCCACAGUUGCUCACGCCCGUGGGCUCGGCAGAGUUCAUGGCGCCCGAGGUGGUCGAGGGCUUCAUCAGCGACGACGCCGGGCCCUACGACAAGCGCUGCGACCUGUGGUCGCUCGGCGUGGUCACCUACAUCCUGCUGUGCGGCUACCCGCCCUUCUGCGGCAACUGCGGCGAGGACUGCGGCUGGGAGCGGGGCGAGGCGUGCCCGCAGUGCCAGGACCUCCUGUUCAACAACAUCCAGGACGGCAGCUACGAGUUCCCGAAGCCCGAGUGGGCCUUCAUCAGCGAAGAGGCCAAGGACCUGAUCCGCAACCUGCUGGUCAAGGACGCCUCGCAGAGACUGUCUGCCGAGAUGGUGCUCAACCAUCCCUGGGUCAAGAACGGAGGGCCCACCACGCGCCUCGAGACACCCAGUGUCAUCAGGAAGAACCACAGUGCGCAGCAGCUGUCGCUGUUCGCCGAGUCAUGCAUGGCCCUGAACCGCGUCCUUCUGCAGCAUUUCAGCAUGAACCAGGAUGAGGACAAUGAGAACCUGGACAAGGACCCGCCGUUCGGGCUGUCGCCGCCCUCCGAGUCGCGGCUGGCCCAGCGGCGGCUGCGCUCGCUCAGCCUCAACACCGAGCACCUCGUUACUGCCACAGGCUAACUGGCCCCCGAGCCAGUCACUCAGGGUCAAGGGGGCUGCGCUCCACCCGAACCAGCGUGCUGCGGCGCCCCCUUAUAUAUAGUUUUCAUCGUUGUUUUUGGCUUACACGCCCUCCAACGCCCGCGAGACGGCCUCGCUGCUUGCGGGCCCCGGGCGGCCUUGGUUAGCUGUGGGCGUGCGGAGGAACCCAAGCAGCGAGACGCCUUCAGGGUAAGAGGGCGGCAUACUAAGCCUCAGGUUUUUCUACCUUGUAAUAUUUACAAUAAUAUCAUAUAAUGGAGGUUUAGCCAGCUCAUUAAUGAUCAAAUACUAAAAAAAAUGCCAAAAAAAUCUAUAAAAAAUAAUUGUUUAUUAAGUUUGAUAUAUAUGUAGGCACAAAAUUGAGAUAUAUUUUCAUAUGAUAAGCUUUAUUGAGUUCAGGACAUAAGCCAUCAAGUCAGUAGGAAACCCUGGAUUCGUCAAUUCUUUCUUUUUUUAUAUAUAUUUUUUGUGUGCCAAUGUCGAAAAAAAAACUAUUGAGAAUCGUGGGCUACAACCAACAAAUUAAGUACAAAGUUUAUUAAAAAGAAAGAGAAAUCCUUGAAUCUGUCCUGAAUGCCACUAUAAGCUAAGGUUACGAAAAAAAAAAUGCGGUAGUGUGACAAAGUCCCCCCCCCCACUCCUUCCCCUCUCCUCACCCCCCCACACACACACAUUUGCCAUUUCCUAGUCCUUUCCAUUCCCCAAUUUUUAUUUAAAAUUUUUAUGCCAUGUUCUCCUUUAUCCUCAUAUCCUCUCCCAUGACCCCCUCCCUUCCCCAAAAGACCGUGGAUAUGUGUGUGGAUCGCAAGGCAUGGGGCAUUGUGAUAAUUUAGUGUGUAAGGUGAAAGAGGAUAACACCCCCCCUCCCCCCACAGCACCUAGAGUCUCUCCCCCCCCUUCCCCCCUCCUCGAGAAAUCCAGUCGUAACAGUUAAUGUAAAUGAUACAAAUACAACUUCUCCUUUGUGUGUGGUGCUUCGUAACUUAAGUUUGAUAGUCUUAAAAAAUGAUAUUGAUAAUUACGGAGAGACGGAAGAAAUAAACCCAGUAAGUGCCUAUACGAUUUUAGGAAAACCGUAAAUCGUUUUUUUUUUUAUUAUAGUUAUGAUUAUGAUUCAAUUUUUUAAUGAUUAAAAAUAACCUCAUCCCCCACCCCCAGCUCUUAAAGAUAAAGCAAUUAGGUAAAUUCUCAACAAUUUUUAUUAUGGACGAACAAUUUCUUAUCUUUUGAUUUUUUUUUCUAUGCCUAAAACAGAAACCAGAGGGUCAUUCGAUAUUCUGAUCGAGUUUGUAAUUAGGUUAAUUUUAAAUUGGCAGGUGGUAAAAAAAAUAUAAUAAUGGCUCCGUUCUAGUCGCAUCCAGCGAUAGAACGAGUUGAAUACAAGAGCCAAACUUGUUUUUUUUUAAGGUUAGGGGGAAUGAUCCCUCCCCCCCCCCAAUCACUAGAGUCUCAGAGACUGGGAAAGGAAAAAAAAUUAAAAAACCCUCUGGUUGUAAUGCUGUUAUUGACCGAGAACUUGUCCACCUGACUGUCCUUCCGUUUCCACUAGCAGGAAUUUUCAGUAAGGAGGAUAGGCCUUUUGGUGUUUGCCCCCCCCCCUCUCCCCCCUUAUUAGAAGAAACAUCACCCAAGAAAAGAGAAAACAUAAUCGUAAUUGAUAAUGUAAAAAAAUGUAUAUUAUAAUAGUGAUCAUGUAUGUACCUGGAAUGCCAUGCUGGUUGCCAUGGCCUUGCGUGCACGUUGCCCAGUCCGUGUUGAUCCACACACAUUGGUUCCCCCCCCCCCUCUCCCCUAUCCCCCCUCCACCCAUACACACAACCCUUGAAAAAUAGGAUAUUUAGAAUUACGUUUUUGUUACUGUUUUCUAUCUUUUUUAUACAUUGGAAUAGGAGAUAUUAAAGAGAAAGUAAAGUGUUGAUUACUUUUUUCUGAAAUUAUUAUUAUUGGUAUUGUCUUGGCCAAAAAGAAAAAAAAAAAAAAAAAAGUUUUUCUGUGGGGGAAGAAAUUGUCACCCCCUUUAAAACCCCCCUGUGAUUUUUUUUAGGAUGUUUAUUUGGUUUUAUUAUUCAUGUAUUUCUGGCUUUUUUCUCUUACUGGUUUUCUACCUUGUUGUUUCAAAGGUAGCUGUAGUUGUACCUUUCAUUUAGUAAGGUAAAAGACUAGUAGGUGUUUCAAAGGGAAAAAAAAAGAAAAAUGUUUAAAAAGUAUUUUUUCGGGGGGGGGAUGUUAACUGUUGCUGUUGAUAAGGUCUCGCCUAUUUUUUUUUAUUUUUAUUAUUUUUUUUUUUUUCUUCUUCUCCUCUCGCCCCCCCCCCUUCCCCUCUCCCUCCCCCUCCCCCUCAGUUAUAUAUAUAUAUAUUAUCUCUCGCAUCUCUCCAUUUCGAUCCUCCAAUCUGUUAUCUCAGACAGGCUGAUUCACGAGGCAAGGGACUUGAGAGAAAGUUCUUGAGAAUCUUGCCCGAACGACACUUCUAGAAAAUCUUUCCGAAAGAGACAGCGUGCGAAAGGCCCCAGUGCGCGCUCUCGGACCUUGACACCGCAUAUACAUAAGUUCUGUUAUUAAGGUCCUGUAAAAGGUCCGAGAGGCGCGGGGUCAGUGGCGAACUUUUUAUACAUUGUGCAGUGGCUGAGGAAUAGCAGUCUUGGAGGUCAGAGAGAAAGGAGCUUUUGAUAAGAGAGAAAGAUAGAGAGAGGGAGGAGGAAAGGUGGAGAAGGGUAGGAUGGAUUCAGAAGUAUAUGGAUAGAGAGAGAGAGAGAGAGAAAGAAAGAAAGAAAAGGGGGGGAAAAAAAGACUCGUUGGAAGAUGAAAAUGGAGAGAGAGAGAGAAAAAAGAUAACUUUGAAAAACUCUCUUUUUCGCGCCCGAGUCUUACGUCCAAUGCAACGGUUGGGAUUCGCGAGUGCGCUCCCCCCCCCCCCCUCUUCCCCCCCAUUACAUUCCUCAUCACUUCAUCACCAUCACUUUUCACCAAAAUUCACUACCAUCCCCAUCAGAAUCACCCGGCUCGCCAAUCAUCACCAUCGCCAUUUUAUCUGACCAUCACCAUCAUCAUCAUCAUCGUUAGUGCAGUGAGGUGGCUCCACAUAAAAACGCUGGUCCAUGGUUUGUCAACGCGACCACAAUCUCAUUAUUUUAGAGCCUUAAAUGUUAGUCAGGACUUCUAUUAUUAUUACUUUUACUUUUGAAAGAAAUUGUAAUUAUUUUCACACAUGUAUUAUUAAUAUUCUCUUCCUUAAUUUAUUAAUGAAAUAUUUUUGUCAAUUUAUUAUUUACUCGGUUUUUUUUACUCCCCCCCCCCAUUCAUUUUGAAGAAAAAGUUUUAUAUUCUUCAUCAUCAAAGUCAUUAUAGAAGCGUUUAGUUAUCAAGCAGAACACAUUGUUAUCACAAACUUGUUCAUUGAAUCAUUUUCAAAAAAGAAAAAUAUCAUGCCAGGCUUGUUUGCCAUACAGGUUGUUUUCAAUAAAAUGUUGAAAAGAUAUAUUAGACUUUUGUGAACCAUCAUCCCUUUUGAAAAGGAAUAUAAUAGGUCAUUUUCAUCCUUUUAUAUUGAACUCGGACUGUUACUGAAAAUACUUCGAUGUUUAGUGAUGACUUUUCAUACAUAACUAAACUUGCGAACGAUGACGAACGAAACACUAAAUGGUAAAGGCCUGUUUUUUUUGUAAUAAUCGCUAGACUGUUAUUCUUUUAUUAUUUGGGCUUCUAAUUCUUCAUCUGUGACAAAAAUUCAUGUGAUAGUUAGCUCAAGGAACCACCACACUGCUGUCGCCUCAUAAUUCGUCUUCCCAUCUACCGCCUAACGUCAACAAUAGGCUGUAUGAGGAGAGAAAUAACAUUGAAAGAAAGAUGGAAAAAAAGGUUUAUCCAUAUGUGGCGCCCCCUCCCACCCCCCUUUUUUCUCAUUUUCAUUUGGUAGGAGGGAAGGAGGAGAAAGAAGAGGAGGAGGUACUUACUGUUGAAGUGAAUUUGACGAGGGAGGAGAGUGUAUAGAGGAAGAGAAAGAAAUGAGACAAGGUAGAAUAGAGACAUGGAGGAAGAGGAAGAAGAGGUUAAGUGGGAGAUGGACGAGUGAUGUAUUUUUCUGAGCCUGUAGGUGAUAAGCCCCGCUGUGUGAUGGAGAAAGAGUGUAUAGUGUAUCAUUGUAUACUCCGGGCCAUACAUCCUGGAAAGUCUGGUACUGUGGAUGUUGGUUUCCUGUUUGAGUGAAUUUUGGCUCAGCACACACUUGUCUCCUCCCCUUCUCUCUUCCUUCGCUCUCUCGUAUCUACCCUUUCUUUUGGACUCUUUCCACACACUCCACUUCCCUUCUCUUCUUCCUUCUUUCUUCGCCCGUUAUUCCUUCUUCCCUUCCUCUUCCAAUCGGCAGAGGUCGCGCAACACUGCUUUAGAAAAGAUGACGAUGUGUUUCAGGAUCGUUUCUUUAGUACCAUAUACGGAGUCAUAUUUGUAAUAUCAUUUCCGCCCGUGUUAAUUUAUAUAAUUAUGUGAAUAUCUUGACAGGAAUAAGGGGAUAAUUCCCUCCUAAUGGUAUAUAUAUAUAUAUGUAUGCGCGCACCCAUGUGUUGGAAUAUACGGAGGAAGCAAGGUGCCAAGUUCUGUAAAUUAUCUCAAGUGUUUUUAAAACAAAAAAUACUUGGAAGGUGGAGUAAAAGCAAAGCCAUUUUCUUGUACUUGACCCUGUGCUCUGGAACACCUCAAUAAAUAGAGCUCAAGCAGGGAGGAAGUGCAAAUAAAAGUUAUCUUUUUAAU